CAAAGGUAUAUUAUAAUUACUGUUAUUAUUAUGGUUGUGAAAGAUAUACUUGAGAGAGAAAGAGAAAAAAGUAAAUGGUUGGUGGUGAAUGUGGAGGCUUUCAAAGCCAGGCGAAGGAUCCAAUGCACAAAAAGUACUAAAAACUCUCCCUUUAUAAUCCUCUUCCUCUCUCUCUCUCUCUCUCUCGCUCGCUCGCUGGGUUAAAACUGUUUCGUCCUAUUUUCUCUCUUACUCAACUGUAGAAACAAAGUCUGGAAUUGUACAACUCCACCAGGGGGAAGGAUGGUUUCCCUUGUCGGUAUCUCGAGUUCAGAGACGGCCGUAGUCAAAGGUGGUGAAGAAGGAAUGGAAUUCGACAUUCUGAAACGACCCCUACCGGUGAAGUGCCAAACUACAACCUCUUCUUCUUUUUCACCCGGUAAACAACAAGAAGAAGAAGGAGAAAUCAACGUUAGAGCAGCUGGUGAGGGGAAGGAAGAGAAGAAAGAAAAGAAUUCCAAGGAAAUAGAUGAUGAUGAUGAUGAUGGGUUUAAAACUCCAACAUCUACGGAUUCCAAAAUCCCAGCUGAGCAGAAACAAUGCCCGCCUGCACCUAGAAAACCCAAGCCAAAUAAAAGAAAAGCAUCAUCGCCUACCAAUGGUUCAACCGCAGUCAGGAAUCCGCUACUGCUGGAUCUUUCGGAAGAGCUCGAGUCCUUGAGUCACAAGGUCAAGAAAAAAACUCGAACACAAGAGCAGCAAUGAUUUUUAUUCAUUGUUAGCGGUAUUAAGUACACACCCAUCAAACAUUAAUAACUUAAUUCUUUAUUUGUAUUUAUGGGAGUUCAUUGUUUUUGCUGACGGUGAAGAUCAUGAUGAUAUUGAAGCUUAUGAUAUAAUGUUGGUGUAAAGUUAAAAAAUAUGGAAAAAGAUGAAAUUGUAAGAAAGUAGAGAUACUAAGAAAAAGAGAUGGAUAUAUAUAUAGAGAGAGAGGACUUGCAAACUUUAUCUGGCAGCUUGUUUUCUACUCAAGGUGUCAUAUGCUUCUUUUUAGAGAAGAAUUUGUUCCUGCA